AUGGGAUCGCAUAUUCAGCCAUCACGAUUUUUAGAUAGUGCUAUACUAUCAUUGUUUGGCAUGGUAAUUUCGGCAUCAUUCCUUUAUAUGUUUUCAGAAUUUUAUUUGUUAGCAUUCGAAGCUAAAUUGUUUGACAACAAAGUGAGCAUGGUGUUGAAUCGUUUGUUCCCCUUUAAAACAUUUGAAUACAACUUAACCCAUAUAUUACUCUUUACCCUAUGUAUAAUUUUACUUAGCCUUAAACCUGAUUAUAGUUUUUGCAGUAAAAUUAGCUCAAGGGAAUCUAGAAGAUAUCAAGGAAAAGAUGAAUCCUCUAGAAUGGAUGAUUCUGAAAGAUCUCAAAGAGACAAAAAAAAAUAA